UAUUGAAAACAAUUUCACGUGUUGUUACAGUUAUGGAGUGCAACCGAGCGCCAAAACAGUGCAAGAGUGUCUUGUGUUUUUGUUCGUUUAUUGUGGUUAGAAACGAAAAUAAGUGUAAGGUUAGUUUUACGAAUUACAUAGGUGUAAACACAAGGUUUCAUAAAAAAUAGUAGGCCAAAUUCAUCUAUAAUUUCUGUAUUUGCAUGUUAGGAUAUCCUAGCUGAAAUGUGUGAACCGCUGUUUUCGUGAAGAAGCCGUAUUUUGUUAUUUGUUCAAGAAGUAAUGUUAAGUGAUGCCCAGAAAUUUAUCUGAUGCGUGUUGGAGCAGUGAUGACAGCAGCUUCGGAUGGGUAGAUAUGGAAGACAUAGAACCUGCUGCGUCCAAGAAAACUAAUACAGUUGAAGAGAGGAUUUCAGAAACUGAAGACGAUUCUAGUGAUGAUUCUGACAAUACACAGUUUGACUCUGAAAGUAAGAACAGGCCCGUACUGAAAGAUGAACGAGAACAAAAAGAGAACCAGAAAAGAAACGAUCCAAUAUCCACCAACAUAUCACAAGGGCGAGUUAAAAAUGAUGUUAGUGACGAUUCUGACAGUACACAGUUUGAUCUAGAAUUUGACAACAGACCUGUAGUGAAAGGUGCAAUAAGGUCAAAAGGAAAUAAUCCAUUGAAUGUAAACGGGGACCAAUUAAAACACCAUGAAACUAAUAACUCAAGUAACCAUGAAACUUCAGAAAACAGUGCUUCUGCGGAAUCUGGAAGCGAAUCUAGUGAUGACAGUGACAAAAAGGAGCUGAAACCAUUUACAAAAAGUCUACUAGUUAAGAAGGAGAGACGUUCACACGUAUUGUCAGACGACAGUGAAGUUGAUUCUUCACCUUUGAAAACCAGGUUGAGGGUUAAAUCAGAGUCAGUAACAACACAGCAAACUACAAAAGGAGACAAGCAUGUCCCAUUGAUAGAAGGUGUUCUCUUAGACACUGUACAGCCAUUGCCGUUAGAUAUUGGUGAUAAUGAAGAUGUAUGGAUUGUGCAGUGCCCUAAUGAAAUGUCAGAACCGACAUUGAAAGGAAAAACAUUGAAUUUUAAUGGAAUUUCUUGUGCAGAACAGUUUGAAGGCAGUGUGUUACUGACUGCUAAUACAAAGCCAAUGAAUCUCCUGCUGCCUAAAAGUCCAUUGAAACUUACAAGUCUAACGCCAGCGGGACACAUCAUUUUUAAAGAGAAGGAAAUGGCUCCAUACAUUGUUCAUCCCGUAUGUAAUGAAGAUAAUUUAACAUCCCUGCCAACUGGGCUGAAAGAACGUCAUCCAUUAUUUGGUGCUGACCUUUCAUUGGCACAAAAAUUGUCUUCACAACUACAGAAAAGAAAGAAGAAGAAAAAGAAGAAAAAACAAAAUGUGUCUGAUUUAGGAUCUACGUUUUGUGAGGAUGAAAAUGAAAUGCCAGAAGCAGAAAAUGGACCCAAAUUUGCUAAUAGCCUUGAUGAUUCAUCAAGCCAUAUCAAGAAGAAAAAGAAGAAAAGAAAGCACUUGGAUGAGGAAACAGUGGCUUUUAAUCAAGAUUCAGAUACCAAAAGUCAUAGUUUACACCCCUCAUUCCAUUCAGGUAAUAGCCCCAGAAUCAAAAGUGAACAAAACAUAAAUGGAUUUGUCAUUGAUGACUAUAUUCAGUCAGAGCUACAACAAAAGAAACACAGGAAGGUCAAACAUGAACCAGGAGAAGCAGUUUCACCAGUAAUUACAAAUCUUCAUCCUGAAUUAGCCUAUGCUACCCCAUCAAAGAAGAGAAAGCACAAGCAUUUGGAGUACUCCUUUGAAAGUGAUAGAAUGGUGGCAGGAGGAACUUCAGAUGAAGCAGAAAAUAUAUUAUCACAAAAAAGGAAGAAACGGAAAUAUGAGGAUGCAAGCAAUACUUCAUAUGACGUGUAUUCCGCUAGUAAAAGGACUAUUGAGCCAAGUGAAAGUGUUGGAGAGAGUUCAGACCUUGUUUCACCAAAAAAGAAGAAACAUCAUAAAUAUGAGAGAGACUUUCAAAGGAAAAAUAUAGAGAAUGUGAAUAACAAAUCAGAUGAAUUAGCUAUAUAUUCUGAAGAAAUGACUUUGGAUCCUGUUACAGAUGGUUUGUUGCAUACUGUCAAGAAGAAAAAGAAGAAAAUCAAAGAGAAUGACACUGAAUCAGUGGUCAGUCCUAAUAUCAAAACAAAUUCAGAUAUAAAUUUUAUGUCUACCAAGAAAAAGAAGAAACUGAAAAUUGAGAAUAGUGACAGACAUUUAGGGCAGCUGAGUUUUGACGCUACAGACACAAAGAAGAGUGUGUCUGAUGUUACAGGUGCUGACUUUGAUUAUUUUGAUGCCAAUAGAAAAAAACUACACAAAGAAGAAAGAAGGAAGUUUGAAGAGACAGGAUACUCAGCUGAAUCUUCAGGAGAAAAUUUGACUCACAGUAAGUUUUUCAAGCACACACCCAACAACAGUCUUUUGAAGCAAGAGACAAGUUAUGCUGAUCAUUCUCCAGUAAUAGAUGUGCACCAGAAAAAGAAAAAGAAGAGAAAAUCAGAGUGAUGUUUUUCCAGGUUACCUUAGCAUUGUAAGGUAAUUUAAUGUUAAUACGGAACAUUAGAAGACUGGUGCUAAAAUGUUACUUUUUCUUUGAGCAGCAAAAGAAAGGUGCAUUGACUUGUUUUUCUGUAUUGAUUAUUCUGACCAGUGAACUGGAAAGUAAAUUGGAAUAAUAUUUGUUUUAA